AUGUCUCUCAUCACCGUGUUACUUCUUAUUCUCUUACCAGCUGCACAUCUAUCCUCAGCACAACAAGCUGAUGUUAAUGCUCGAGUCGGUGGUGGUGAGACCCUCAAUCGAGGUCGACCCUAUCUUGUCCUCCUGUGGAUAUCCCACACAGGAUCAUCUCUUCCACAUGCAAGCAAAGCCAGAAUGCAAUACUGUGGUGGAGUUCUUGUUGAGAGAGAUUGGGUGUUGACUGCGGCUCACUGCUUGGACCCUGACAGAUCGAAAUCGUCUGUGGUCGUCGAUAUUGGUCUUGGUCGCUCUGAUAUACUCUGGUAUUUCCGCAAUCAAAAGACUAACCGAAUUCAGAGAGUCGGAGUCGAUGUGAUUGUCGUCCAUCCAUCGUAUUACACAGACAUGUCGACCGGGAUUAUAUAUAACGACAUUGCGAUGCUGCAUCUUAUUCGUCCGGUGUACGAACCUUGGAGAGUCAUCGACUAUCCAUCUGUAUUGCUUUCGAGUCUCGAAGACAUCGGGACGGUCGCCUAUGUGGCCGGAUGGGGGAGUGACUCGGCGGGCAAGAAUGCUCUGUCGGUCGCCGUGUUUGCUAGCGAGGCAGCAGUCACGGUGAGGAAUGACACUGAGUGUGAAUCUGCUUUUCAACGUCAUGGACAGUUUGAUCGAGUCGGCAUGCUGUGUGCAUUGGGAACUCAACCGACUGCACCGGCUGAUGCCUGUGAAGGAGACUCAGGGGGGCCACUGGUGGUCCACACGAAAGUGGGAGUGUUUGUGAUCGGGAUCGUGUCGUGGGGUGUUGGCUGCCGCAAUCCUCAAUACCCAGGAGUUUACACUCGUGUCAGUGCUUACUCAACUUGGAUACAACGGACGGUGGCAUCGAUCGAUGCUCACAGUGGCUGCAAUGUGAACACAUUCUGUCAUCACGGUUUUGUCUCUCUGAACGACCGUCGUUGCUAUGACAUCAACGAGUGCAGCGUGGGUAAUGGCGGCUGCGAGUAUCGAUGCAUCAACACGUUGGGUAGCUUCUUCUGCUCGUGCCCUCUCGGAGUGCAGAUACAAUCGGACGGAAAGACGUGCCACCCGGCGACCACACCGACCGUUGCAUCGAUAAACAAUCACAGCAAGAAGUCGAAACUCACACAACAAGUCACACGGUUCAACACAAAACAGUCGAAUGCAACUCUAGUGUUAACCAUUCGUGAGGUGACAAUAUCAACUUCGGGUCCAAUAGAAAUCGACUGCAAUGGGACAGUCGUCGGAGAGAGUCUCAUACAGACUGUAACUUGGAAGCGAGUUGGAGGUCCAGUGAGUCGAGAAUCGAGCUCGAUGGUAGGAGUGAGGCAACACCAAGUCGGGCGGACGCUCCUUCCCGAAAAGGCUAGAAGACGAAGGAUCAUGAGGCUGAGAAUCGAGACGCUCGACGAUCAAACGAGAGGGGAGUAUAUCUGUCGUGGGUGGUUGAAGAAUGGAGAAGAGGGAAAAGUGAGAUAUGACCUACAAUGAAGUCGGAUGAAGUCGGAUGACGGAGAGAAGGUAUACAAAGUGUCGGUAGAGAGAGACGCAUACGCGACUGACUGUCGCUCAAGUUUUUUAGUUUUUACACGAUCGUGUCUAUAGCAUCGCUUGCAAAGAAUUUAGUGCAACAAUCUUUGCAAAAACAGAGA